GCUGGGCGAGUUGUCGGCUAGCAGACGGGGCUGGCGGACUUUGUGCGCAACAGGCAGCGGGAGCCACCUGCUUACCCACCUGGGCGGCUGCGGAAAGGCCGCCGCUUCCCUUCCUCCUCCCGCGGAGCGAGAGAAGGAGACGCGCCCGUGCGCACCGCCUCCGAGUAGGACGUGUCAGCAGGUCGCUUGGCCGCCGCUGCUUUCGCAGCUGAAGUCUCCAGCCUACAUCGUUCGCGGCCGCGUCUCUCCAGCGCCAGGCAAUGCCCGCCGUCGACAAACUCCGCCUGGAAGAGGCUCUGCAGGACAGUCCGCAGACUCGUUCGUUGCUAAGUGUGUUUGAAGAAGAUGCAGGAACUCUUACAGAAUAUACUAACCAGUUACUUCAGGCUAUGCAACGAGUCUAUGGGGCUCAGAAUGAAAUGUGCCUGGCGACACAGCAGCUCUCUAAGCAGCUCCUUGCAUAUGAAAAGCAGAACUUUGCCCUGGGUAAAGGAGAUGAAGAAGUGAUAUCUACCCUUCAGUACUUUUCAAAGGUUGUGGAUGAGCUUAACCUUCUGCACUCUGAACUGGCCAAACAGUUGGCAGACACAAUGGUUCUCCCCAUUGUCCAGUUUCGUGAAAAAGACCUUACAGAAGUAAGCACUUUAAAGGAUCUCUUCAGCCUUGCUAGCAAUGAACACGAUGUUUCUAUGGCAAAGUACAGCAGACUGCCCAAAAAGAAAGAGAAUGAAAAGCUGAAGGCAGAUGUUGCGAAAGAGGUGGCCACUGCCCGGAGGAAGCAGCAUCUCUCCUCGUUGCAGUAUUACUGUGCCUUGAAUGCGCUGCAGUACCGCAAGAGAGUCGCCAUGCUGGAGCCUGUGCUGGGGUACACGCGCUCCCAGAUUAAGUUUUUUAAGAAGGGUGCUGAGAUGUUUUCCAAAAAAAUGGACAGCUUUUUAUCUUCUGUUUCAAGCAUGGUUCAAAGCGUACAAGAAGAAUUGGACACUGAAGCUGAAGCCAUGCGGGUGUCACAGCAAGAUCUGCUUUCAGUUGGUGAAUCAGUUUACACUCCAGAUUAUGAUGCAGCCUCGCCUCUCAUCAAUAGAAACCUUAUUCAGAAGGCUGGCUAUCUAAAUCUUAGGAACAAAACAGGGCUAGUGACUACAACAUGGGACCGGUUGUACUUCUUCACUCAAGGAGGAAACCUGAUGUGCCAGCCCAGGGGAGCUGUAGCUGGGGGACUGAUCCAGGACCUGGACAACUGCUCUGUGAUGGCUGUGGAUUGCGAAGACCGGCGGUACUGCUUUCAGAUCACCACUCCAACAGGAAAACCAGGCAUAACCCUUCAGGCAGAAAGUAAGAAGGAAUAUGAGGAGUGGAUAUGUGCAAUCAACAACAUCUCCCGGCAGAUCUAUCUUACUGACAAUCCUGAAGCAGUUGCUAUCAAGCUAAAUCAGACAGCGCUACAGGCUGUGACCCCAAUUACAAGCUUUGGGAAAAAGCAGGACAGUUUCUCUCCCAGCCAGAAUGUGAAGAAUGUGGAGCUGCUGAAUGACUGGACUGUCCCUCAAGAAGCUGCCAGCAGCACUCCAGACUCCACCGAGUUAAUUGCACCUGGAACACCAAUUCAGUUUGACAUUGUCCUACCCGCAACUGAGUUCCUAGAUCAGAACAGGGGUGGCAAGCGCACAAAUCCGUUUGGAGAGUCUGAAGAUGGCAAGAAAGAGGAUGAGGCAGAUUUGCUCUUGCAGCAGAUGUUUGUAGUCCGCUUUCUAGGCUCCAUGGCCGUCAAAUCCAGCCACACUGUCGAGGUGAUUUAUGAAGCGAUGAGGCAGGUGCUGGCAGCCCGGGCCAUCCACAACAUCUUCCGCACAACAGAAUCACACCUCAUGGUCACUAGCAAUGACUUGAAAUUAAUAGAUCCUCAAACCCAAGUUACAAGAACAAGUUUCGAACUUGCCAAUGUGACACAGUUUGCUGCUCAUCAAGAAAACAAGAGGCUGAUUGGGUUUGUGGUUUGUGUUUCUGAGUCUCCAGGUGAAGAUUCCAUGAGUGCUUAUGUAUUUGAGAGUAACACCGAAGGUGAAAAGGUUUGCUAUGCAAUAAACCUUGGAAAGGAAAUCCUAGAGGCUCGGAAGGAUCCAGAAGCGCUAGCUCAGUUAAUGUCAUCCAUGCCACUGACCAAUGAUGGAAAGUUCAUGCUUUUGAAUGACCAGUCAGAAGAGGAUGAUGUUGUACAUGGAGAUGGGCAGGAGGAGUCAGAAGCAUAAGUUGUACAUUCUUUCAGCACAGGUGGCUACAUUCUGUGCUCUCAGCCUUGAUCCAACAUAGGUAGCUAUUGUGAGUUAGCAUGAACGAGUUUGACUUGCAAUGUUUGGUGUGGUAAGCUGGAAAUCAAUGAAAUCCCCCAACAGUCAGCAUCAGUUCACUUGCUACCAGCACUGAGGAAAUCCUGAUGGCCACCAGCAAAGAUUUAAUGCAAGACAUGCAUCACAGCUCUUCUUGCAAUGUUAAACUACUUCCUCUCCUCAUAUAAUUCCAAGAAUCCAUAGGUCCACCUACUGCUAGCCUUUGCAACUAGGGCUGUGUGUACGCCACAUAAAUUUCACCAGGUAUUCCUCUUAUUUUGACAAUGCAGAUUGGAAUAAGAGGUUAUCAAGGAGACUGAAUUCUUCCAGAUAUAUAUACAGCCCUAUUAAACCUUGAGUCUCUAUGUAUCACAGUAACAGUUAAUGGGAUUCAUUAUUUCCAUUAUGCUAGUUUUUAGCCACCAGUAUACUUUUAAAAGGGGUAACAGGAACACUAUUUUGAGCUAAACUGUUUAGAACACUAUUUGGUAAAUACUUUCCUAUUAAUCUAUUUUUAUACUGUAUCUGGAAUAAGUUUUCAAUAUUAAUCUAAGUGCCUACCAUUUUUGUGGGGACCAUACUUACACAUUGUAUAAUUCUGGCAUUCCAGCCCAGUGAGAUUAGCAGAUAGACCAGAAGUUAUAUAUUAAUCCCAUCUGAAGUCUUAGCUACUCACUGGGGUGAAUAGUAAUUUCUUCUGGGCAAGUAACCUCAGAACUACCACUUAUAUGAGCCAGGUAAAUUAACUUGUACAUUCCUCUGUAAAGUUGGGUUAGUGCCCCCCUAGGUUUAACAUGGACACUAGGUCAGUCUUAAACAAGCGCUCUCUACCCAGAUAAAGGAUUUCUUCAAGCCUAGAUGUGCGCAGCCCUGCACAUGAAGCACUUCUGAACCAAGAAAGCAAAGCACCUCCCAGGAAACAAUCCAAGCAUAGUGUCUGUAAGUUCUUAUGCUCAUGAGACUGUACAAACUGGGACACACCACUGCACUGGAACUUUGGAGUUUACUAUUCAAGCAAUGUUUAAGAACAGAGCCGGCUCUAAUGAAGUUUACCUGAUUUCUCUGUAGACAAGUGUUGGUUUUAUAGUUAACAAAGCAAGGUCUAAAUCCUGCAAUUCUACUGUUUAGCAAUAAUGCUAGAUUAAAAUCUUCUUUGAACUAAA